AUGUUCAUUGAAAAUUUUUCGAAUUGCUAAUAAAGCCAAAGAAAUUGAGUUUGGAAUAAAAAUAAUUCCAUUUUACGCAUUGAAUGAUUAAACUGAGAUUAACUUGAUUAUCUUAUCGAAAACCCAAUGUUCUACAAGUAAUCAACUUCGAUUAGUUGAAAGAGUUGAUAUUUAUUUGUAUUAGUAAUUUAAAUCAUGAAAUUAGCUUACAGUCUUUUUCCUAUGAAUUCACCUUUUUUCUCUUUCUACUUUCUUUUCUUUUUUUCUCGAUUAUUUUGUUAGUGUUCUCGAUAUUUCUCACUACAAAAAAUCUUCAGAAAUAUCGAUUCUCGAUUAUUCUCACGGCAACACUAAUAACCGGUCAUUCGAUUUCUUGCUGUUCUUGUGUUGACUAUACUUUCGUCUUUAAUCUCCAAAUCUUCAAAUCUUUUUAAUUUUUUUCAAGUUGUUCACAAUUAUUCAGAAAAUGUUUACGAUUGAAGACAAACAUGCGGUUCUUUUCUUAGAUGUAUAUACACGCGAUAUUACUGAAGUUGAUUUGGAUUGGCAUUCUUUGUUAACCAGUAUCAAACGGGUGGACCGAGACGAUGUUGAUUGUGAAUGGAACUUAGAAAAACUUUUUCUUUGUUAUAAUGCCUAUUGCCUUGGUCGGGAAGAAACUUUUGAUGACAAUAACAUUGAAAUUGACAAUUUGUUCCGGAGUCGGCGAGAAACAGAUGCAGUUGCAUUUCGAUUUAAAAUGGCUUCUAUUAUGAUUACUAGUGAACAUGCGAGUUUUUUCAAAGAUGAGUACAAGCGACCUCGUAGAAGCACCUCAAUUCACUGGAAACGUUUACGAUCACGGAUUAUUUUUACUGAGGCCGACUUUGGAUAUUUAUGGUCUUAUGAAAAUGUAUUCUUGGCAUACAACGCUUACUGUUUUGCCAUUGAACAAGUUUGCCGAGAGAAAAACAUUCCUAUUAAUCAGUUUUGGGCUGAACGUCGUGUGCUAGACAUAGAUUAUUUCCAAUUCAUAUUUGAGAAUCCAGCUCGUUGGAGUUCCGAGAAUGAUGGGAAUCGCAAUCAUUCUGACGAUUAAAUUGUAUCAACUUUUAGACUCCAACGGAAAUGCAUCCGAUUCGAUAAAAAUAUGACCUUAAAUCCAACCAGUUCUAAAAUGAUCGAUCCAGAGGACAAGCAGUUUUCUGCCGC